AUGAUGCUUUUCAGUCUGAAUUGUCCUACUACUGCCCCACCAGUUCAGCAGACACCCCCAAAUUUUUCGAGUAGAUUAGAUAAAAUGAAGAGUCCGGUAUUACCAUCAUUCAAUGAAUUGCUUACAUCCAUACCACUACCCCACGAGUUUAAGCAACGGCAGCAACAGCAGGCGGUAUCACAGGCACCAUCUCCUGUUUCUACCUCACCUACAUACAAUUACUAUGUUGUUUCUAGCAAUAGUAGUGGUAGACUACUACAACUGAAUAAUAAUAGCGUACACUAUGUCAGACAACCAACUCCUGAUAAAGCAGUUAUGCAAACUUCGCCAUUGGGGUUAAUCCCAAUACCAGCAGCACAACCUUUAGUGUCGCCCGCCUAUUCUUAUCAAUCUCCACACUAUGGCUACUAUCAAGGACCACACCACCAUGGUCAUCAAGUAGUAGCUCCAGCACCCGCAGGAUACCACUACCAAGUGUUGCCCGGUGCACCACAAGUUCAACUCACUCACUCUCCACAAUCAAUUGAUCAAAUACUAGAACCUAAAAUACGAUCCAACUCCCUUGGAAGUACAUCAAGUUCAAGUUCUACCAGUUCUACAAUGAAAGAUCCAAAGAGGAAGCAUGUGUGUAAAGUGUGCUCAAGGUCGUUCACGACCUCUGGUCAUUUAGCUAGACAUAAUAGAAUACAUACUGGAGAAAGAAAACAUGUAUGUCCUUGGCCAACAUGUACUGCAAGGUUUGCAAGACAAGAUAAUUGUAUGCAACAUUAUAAGACACAUACAAAUGGGAAAAAUAAGAGAUCUAAGAUGACUACCGGUAUCAAAGGAAAACUUAGUCCCAAGGCUUUUGUAUGA